AAAGCUAGCUUUCAUGGCGCUUAUGUGCUCUUUUACGCUUUAACAAGAUUUUGUAGACGUUCUUUCAAAGGUUUUCGGGGAAAAGGAGUGAAUAAUCUAAUCUGGAAUCUGGAUUUUUAUAUAAAUGGAAUUGCGACUGUAAUAUCGGUGAAUGAAUAUCAGUGCUAGCGCUUAGAAGAGAAACAUGCUAACUGGAAUCAUUAGCAUGGUUGAAUUAACUGGAAAACCUCUGUGGCCAAGUUACAUAAUAAUUGUUUGGUGAUUUGUGCUCUUUCUCUAAUGUAGAAUUGACAGUUGUAGAAUUAAAAUUUUUUUGCUCUUCAUUUUCUUUUUCUGCUUUUUUCUGCAUUUAUUUAUUUCUUCCUCCUUUUUAUCGAUUGGUGGAUCGAAGAUUGCUAUACCUUCUUGGAAUAAAUCUGGGACAUAAAACAGUUUUAGCUUAAUCUUAUACCUAUAGAGUAGAACUGCAUCCUCCAUAUUUAUAAAAAUUCUUUAGUUUAAUCUUAAAAAAUUUAUAAAAGAAAGAUACAGCUUUACGUUUAUCUCUAAAAACAUCCGAGCUCGUAAAAACGUGCUGUGGGCGGAGCUAAAGAGUCACAUGCAUGUGCAGCAAUUUUUUUUUUUGUAGCGAUCGUCUGAGAGGUGUGACAUCGCUAUAAAUUAAACAGGAACAAAAACUUUAUUGUCUUAAAUUAUCUAUGGCUAACAAUCAUAUCCAGCUGUACAUAUUCGAGCCGAAAAUCGGAUCCUGAGUCUGAAAUUAAACAUCAUGAGCAACAGCAGCAACAACGACUACAGCAGGAUGUGUCUAUAUGAUGUGUCGGUGAGUCUGCUAUCGUUGAUGGUGACCGCAUGUGGCCUGGCUCUGUUUGGUGUCUCGCUCUUCGUGUCAUGGAAGUUGUUCUGGGUGCCAUGGCGCGAUCACUUCUGGCCCUCCAGCUUGAAGGAGCAGCAGGGCGAACAGCAGCCAGUGCUGAACGAGGAGGAACUUUUGGAACGUGAGUACAGCGCCGAUUUCUUUAAAGACACCUCCGUGGCCACGCUUGUGCCCGAGUCAGCCAUGAAGAUCAGCCACACGUCACCUGACAUCCAACUGGAGGCGCAGACCAAAGCCAAGGAGCACAACCACGCGCACAUCGCACGCGUGCAGAGGCAGAUUACCGACCCUACUUCAUCCGUCCGACAUAACUCCAUCCGCAGGCAAAUGAACCUGUCGAGCCCUGAGUUCAGCCCGGCUCAGUUCCAGAGACAGGAAUCGUUAUCCGGGCCGGGUCUGGGCCGAAUUAAGCCGGAGCUGUACAAGCAACGCUCUGUGGACACGGACGACGGUCGGAGAGCGGACAGCUGCGGCCGUCUCCACUUUGUCCUUAAGUAUGAUUGUGACCUGGAACAACUGAUCGUGAAGAUCCACCGGGCCGAGGAUCUGCCCGCCAAGGACUUCUCGGGUACAUCGGAUCCGUACGUAAAAAUCUAUCUACUGCCUGAGCGCAAGACCAAGCAUCAGACCAAAGUGCAUCGCAAGACCCUCAACCCUGUGUUCGACGAGGUCUUCUUGUUUCCUGUGGCGUACGGCGAGCUGCACGCUCGCAAGCUGCACUUCAGCGUCUACGAUUUUGACCGCUUCUCGCGCCACGAUCUCAUUGGCCAAGUGGUGGUGGACAACUUCCUGGAUUUACCUGACUUUCCAGGAGAGACGAAACUCUGCAGAGAUAUUCUCUACGUUACUGCGGAUAAUGUGGAUUUGGGAGAUCUGAUGUUUUCACUCUGCUACCUUCCGACUGCGGGCCGAUUGACCAUCACAAUCAUCAAAGCCAGGAACCUGAAAGCCAUGGACAUCACAGGAGCUUCAGACCCCUAUGUGAAAGUCUCGCUCAUGUGUGAUGGACGGAGACUGAAAAAGCGAAAAACCUCCACGAAGAGAAACACUCUAAACCCCGUCUACAACGAAGCCAUAGUUUUCGAUGUCCCUCCUGAGAACAUAGACCAAAUCAGUCUGUUAAUCGCUGUGAUGGACUACGAUCGUGUCGGGCAUAACGAGAUCAUCGGUGUGUGUCGAGUGGGGAGCCUGGCUGAAAGCCUGGGCCGGGAUCACUGGAAUGAGAUGCUAAGCUACCCACGGAAGCCCAUUGCCCACUGGCACCCGCUUGUGGAGUGGAGCAGUGAGAGAAAUCCUGGAGAAAGCCAAGGCUCCUGCAACUCCCUCAAAGUGCCACCAUCACCCUGACACGUCCAUCUGAUCACUGGGAGAGUGAGACAUCUCAGCUAAAGGUCAUUCAAAAUGUGUGUACACACUUGAUAAGGUGGUGCAGGGAAAAAACAAACAAACACUGGACUUUUUCUCCGGGUGGAAAGGGCGUGUGUCUGUUCUACUGCAUGUCAAAAUGACUGUGUGUGUAGGCUUCUUUAAAAAAAAACAUAAAAAAACCCACAAAUUCCUAACAUAGUUACUGUUUUGUUUAAACUCUGUUUGAGAGGUAAGUAUUUUUGACAUGUUUUCUGUACCUCUGUAACACAUUGUAAUAACUUCUUGAUGUUUUCUGAGUGCAGUGCAUGGCCUCUAUUUUGUGUAAUUUAGUUCUUAUGGUAUCAGUUUUUACAGCGUUAAAUCAUUCUGUAUAAAAAUACGAGACGUACAAUA